AUGGAUUCGAGCAGGAGUAUUUUUGAACUUAAAUCUGCAUUUAUAAGGAGUCAAGUUCGCAUAUUUGCAGAGAGCCUCGAACUACCCGAAGACUGGCACAAUUAUGCCCCUCAGACUGAAGAGGAUGAUCUGAGUGACAAGGUCAUUGAAGAUGUUUUACACAAAGUGAAUUCAGCUGCUAAGCAGCAUAAUCGUGUUGUUUAUUCCUCUCAGGCAAUACAUCACGUAGCCCAGCAGAUUGCCAGCCUAUACUGGUCGGCUGUUAGUCAAGAUGCACGCAGUCAGGCCGCUUUCGCACAGGGCAUAGAAAAAACCACAGACUUAUCGAGGCAAAUGAACAUCACAAAAAUGCCUGUCGAUUUGGAAACUCUGGAAGCGAAUGAAGGGGAGCAUGCAAGUUACCGGCAACUCCGCGAGCGGCUCAUAGCCCUGGAUACGAAACGACAGCAGCGACAACGGCGCCUAGAUCAGUUACAGCACCUCCAGCGGUUACUUGAGCCUUUUCAGGAUCCGCAGAAAGACAUUCAACCAAACUUGAUCACCAAGGACGGUGAGCUUGUUCAGGAACUUGAGAGAAUGCGCAUGCUGGUGGCUAGAGUGGGCGGGAGGAUUGCACAGCAGAAAAGAAGCAGCGGUCUCCCUGAAAACGCAGGUUACUCGCUUCCGGGCUUUGAUCGGAGAUUGGAGGAACUGAUGGAUAUGUCUUAA